AUGUUGUUUAUCUCGGAACAAUCACAUGAGAAACAAUUUCUGAAAGAUUUUGUGUUCUUAGCGCCAGAUUCAGCAGGUGCUCGAUUGGCUUCUUGGAUUCAACCAGAAUCACGUUUAGAUCCAAAUCGUUGUGAAUUGAAAUUCUUCCAAGAUCCAAUACAAAGUGGAUGGCCAACAAAGCUGGUCAUUGAGACAAGAGAUCAAUAUGGAGAAAUUGUUUACGUUCCCAACAUGAGAAUUCAAUUGAAAUUGGUUCACAGUUCUAACUUUUCAAUUGAUAAACGUUACAAUAAAAUUCCUUCAGAUCAUCAUUAUUUUAUUCCAUUAAGUAAAGUUAAUUACAUGCCAGUGAUUAAAGAGAAGGAGAAAAUUUGUAUUAAAUCCAUUACAGCAAUGAAAGCAUAUUCUCAAUGUUCUUUUGAAGAGCUUCGCUUGCAUACGCCAAUUCAGAACAAGACGUCGAACUUGAUCACUGCGAAAGAUUAUGGCGAUCAUUCAUAUUCGAUUCUUUGGACACCGGAAGCGCCAGGAAAUUACACGAUAAAUAUAAUAAUCGAUGGCGUGCAAGUAAACGAGAACUACAACGUGAAUGUUAUAAAUGCAAACAUACCUCCGCCCAUUAAAGGAAAUGCAAUCAAGAAGAUUCAACCGCAAUAUAAAUAUCGAAGAUAUUACGCUGAAUAUACGAGUGGCUUAAGAAUUCGUCUUCAUCCAACACUUCAAGCUGAUCAAAUUGGUGUUAUAAAGAUCAACGAUGUGGUUUCAUUCAUCGAAGAGAUUGAGAAUGGUGACGGCUUAUGGGUGAAACUUUCAACUGAUGCAAUAAGAAAAUAUUGCGCUUCAUCUUGGUAUCCAAUGGAAGCUUGGUGUUUAGCUUAUAAUAAACAUUUUGAUAAGCGAUUACUUUUUGCUUUAAUUGAGCCAAAUGGUGAGAUGGAAGUCAAUCAAACUGACGAUAUGAACAACGUGAAAUUAUUUCAAGAAAACUUCUCUGGUGACUUUGAAAGAUUGAAUGUUCUUAAAGAAGAACAGAUAAAUAUUUACACGGACACAUCCAAAAUCAGUGAUGAUGAGAAGCCACCAAAGUUUGAAGACAUUGUUGAAUCACAAGUUGAACAAACAAAUCAAUCGAAUUUAACUGCAGCAAUUGCGGGUGUUGUUGAAGGCGGAGCACAUAAAUUUCAAGCUUUUCAAAAGUGGCUUAAACGAGAUAGCAUUGAAGAAACAACGGCAACAAUUCGGAAGAGAAUUGGAUCAAUUCCUGAGGUUUAUAACAACAAUACUUUGGAUUUGAAGAAUCUUGCAAGCGAUGAUAUUUCGGAUAAACUUUCAAACGACAUCAAACUUAGUCCAUCAAUGCAAGACAGCAUCAUUGCACCAAAUAAACUUAACAAGGUUAACGUCAGUGAAGUUCAUGAUCAAAAACAUUCAAAUUCUGUUGAAAGCCCACGUGAAGCAAAUAAAAAUCAAGAAAUUUAUCAUUGUGGAGAAGAAGCUGGUUCUCCAAAGCAAGCAUUGUCAGCAACAGUCGCUGAAACAAUUCGUGCGAUCUUUGCUGCUUUUCUUUGGCAUGAAGGUCUUGUUCAUGAUGCAAUUGCUUGUGCCUCUUUUCUUAAAUUUCAUCCAGCAAUACCCAAGAAGAGUGUUUACGAGUGGAGUGAUAAACCGUUGGAAGAAACACGAGAACUUCUCACAAAAGAUGAGAAAAUUCAGCAAAGACAUUCAGUGGAGAUUAUCAACACAAGCAAUUAUUUAAACGCUCGUCCAUCAACCUUGGAAGCAUUAACGAAAAGUGGCUAUUGCUGUGUUCAUUAUCGUAGGCAGCGUGGAAAGUUGAACGAGCAUUCGAUGUACAAAUCAAACGAUGAUUUCUGUACAAAUGUUUGUCCACCUGCUCUCAAGUGUCUUGUAUUUGUUUGGGAUGGUCUCAACGUGGAUUUUCAAAAUUUCUUGAAUAAAAUGAUGAUGGAAAGAGAACAGAAAGAUUGGCUUCCUUCGAAGGUAAGCGGAAAUGAUUCAAAUGAAACGGAAACACCGAAAUGCAAAGUAAAUUUGAAAAAGUUAAUAAGUGACGAGAAUGCUGCUGCACAAGGUGCUGUUGGUGGUGUUAAUGAUGAUGUCGUUUGGUGUGAAUUGUGCGACACUGAAGUGAAUUUCGGUAUUCACCAACAGAAUACUUUCACUCAACAUUUGAAAAUGAAUCAUCCUGGAUGUGGAGGUCCAACAAAAGGAAAAGGUUACAAUGCAAGUGGCGUUUAUUGCGAAGGUUGGGUUGGUCAUUGUGGUGAAGAAGGUGUUGGUGCAACAAGCUGGUAUUUAAUGUGUGAAAGCUGUCGUGACAAAUACAUGCCAUCAAGUGAAAAGCAAGUCAAUGAAACACUUUUCAAUAGACCAUCGAUCGUUCAAAAAAGAAUUCUCACCACUCAUUCGACUAACAAUUCAAGUCAAUCGUUUUUCAGUAAAAACAUAAAACUCGAUUCAAAUAUGACAGCCGAAUUUGUUGACACUAUGAAAGACAAUGCUUUGUUUCUUCUCGAUCUUAAUUCAUGUAAUGGUGGAUUGUUGAAUAAAGCAAACAGCAACAAUCUCAUGUCAAUUAAAAGUAAAAUGCGGGGAAAUUUGAUGCAAGCAAAUCCUAUGAAUCGAUUCUCGACAACUGACGAACAUUCCCGAAGAGUUUACAAUCAGAAACAAAAUUCAUCGCCAAAUUGUUAUGGAAAGAAAGGUCGAGAGCAAUCAAUUGAAUCAACACUUCCAGAUCUUCUUUGGACGCCACCAGAGAACAUCACAUGCUUAGAUGUUUUAAAUGCAAAAGUUAGCGAGUCUGAAUCGUGCAACAUCUUCAAUCAAGAUCCAUUCAUUCAACAAAAUCAAAAUAAUGAAAACAAAUCGAAUGAAAUUAAAUUUCAUCGAAGUUUCUCAAUGAUUCAAGGCUGGAGUUUUUAUUCGCAUAACAUCAGCGAGAGUGAUUUAACAAAUCAUCAUUGCAAUGAUGAAGCAAAUCUUUCAUAUCAAAAUGAAGGUGGAACGAGAGGUGGAAAUGUCGUGAUGAGAAGAAAGAAAAAUUGUUUAUGUGAUUCAUCUACUGAUGCCAGUUUACUUAAUUUUCCAUCUACGAAUUUAAAGAAGCUUGUACCUGAACACAUUCGCAAUCCAAAAUUGAAAACAUUCAUUGAAGUUCCUUCAUCGCAAGCUAUUGAUCGUGAUGCCGUAGAAGCUUUCGAUACUUCAAAAAAGAAUCCUGAAAAUAUGUUUUUGGAUUUUCUUCAACAAAAUCAACAAGGUCAAGAUGAUUUCUCAAAGAAUUCUUUUUUGAAUCGGCCUGCAAUAAAAUUCAUCUUCGCUCGACAUGAGAUUGACAAACUUCGUCAUUUGCUUAGAAGAAAUUUGAGGAAAGCCGUUUGCAGUGUUUUUGGAAUUCAAGCAUUGAAUUGGCUUUUAAGGACAGUGUCACAAACCAUGUGUGUUCAUGACAUUAUGUGGUGGUUCUUGUCAUCUUUAACACGUUCCAAGAACGAGAGUGUCAUGUCAUCGAAUCUUGACGAAUCAGACUUCUCUUAUGAACAUCCAGUUGCAAUCUCCAACAUUGACGAUUACAUUCAAAAUCUUUUACUGAAUAAUCUCCAUCAAUUACUUCAGAGUAUUGCUGACAUAACUCUUUCAUUGCCUUCGGGUUCGCCUCUUCAAAGACUUGCUAUUCAAUGUUUCUGCAUUAAGUUUCGACCAAAUGAUCAUCAAUUUCUACACAAUUCACAUGUUUUCAACAACAUAUCUAAGAUUCUGUCAAAAAGCGAGGAGUUUAAUGAAGAAAAUUUGACAUUCUCAACUGUGUUGAUUGAAUCACAAGAUAAUCGUUCAAGAAAAAGCAGCAUAAAAGUUCCCAAAGACAAAGUCAUUGUCUAUAACAAUGUUGAUAUUACUGACGUAUUCGAGCUUAACAUUUCAUCGCGACAAGCAAUGGCAUGUGCAUUAACCGAUAAUUCGACUGAAACAUUUUGGGAAAGUGACGAUGAAGAUCGAAACAAACCGAAAAUUAUUGAAAUUUCAAUGAUUAGACCUCAUUAUGUUUGUAAAUCAAUCAAUAUUCACAUCGACAACUGUCGUGAUUUAGCGGUAAGUAGCGCAGGUUUUUGUUUUGAAAUUAUGAUUAAUUUUCUUUUUGAUUUUACUUAUUUUACUUUACAACAACAGCAUAAAGUGACAAGCUUCACAGUGUACAGUGGAACAUCGUUAGGCGAAUUAAAUUUCCUUGAAUCAGUUGAAACUGAAUCAAACAUUGGUUCAUGGUAUUCUGUUCUUAUUAAAGAUGAAACUAAUACACAUUUUCGUGUUGAACUUCGUGGUGUCGAGAAUAACAUCAGAAUUCGUCAAAUAAAGCUUUUGGGAUAUUCAAAUGAAAAGAAAAUUAAUCAAGAGUCGGUGGCAGGUUCUUAUGGCAUUACACAAACAAACACUUUCCAAAUUCAACAAAAAUAUUGUGAACUUGAAACGUUGAGAGUUUUUCGUGUUUUAACAAAUCAAGUUUUUGGAAAGUUGAUCAUCAACACUGAAGGUGGACAUUUAAAUAGCAACAACUUUGGUGUUGGAAUAACUGAUUCACAUCUUGAAUCGCCAGUUGAUGAUUCAUUAGAUUUACGAGAACAUAUGGUUGGAAUCUUAUUCAGUCGAAGUAAACUCACGAAUCUUCAGAAACAAAUUAUCGUUCACAUUGUUCAUUCAAUACAAAAAGAAGCACAGAAAUCUCGCGAAGAAUGGGAACUUCAACUAAGCACAAUAAGUUCAAGUAAUGCAUUGAAAGGCGUUUCAUCAAGUGAAGUUGUUUUGCCGAAGAGUAACGACGUUUAUUGUUUCGAAAUGUUAAGCAUGGUGUUGGCAUUGUCAGGAAGUUCAGUUGGACGAUCAUAUUUGUCACAUCAAAUCGAUUUGAUUCAAGAUCUUUUAACUCUUCUCCAUACGGGAAGUGAAAGAGUUCAACGACAAGUUGCUUUACUCUUACGCCGAAUAUUACCGGAAAUAUCACCCGAAGGUUUAUGUUCAAUUCUAAAGAUUCAAUAUCAACCUCAUAGCGACAUCAACAGCCUUCUUCAAAAUCCAAAAUUCUUAAAUCCAUUAAAUGUUGGAAUUCUCGACUUUCUUCUGGCAAUCAUUGCCAAGUCUCUUCAAAUUCAAGUGAAGUUUAAAAAUGGUUCGAAUCCUCUCAACAAUAAGAAUUUAAAUGUAAAAUUAGAAGAUUACAUUGUUCCGCCAUUUGUAUCUCAGCCGUCAUCUUUAAUUACGCAGAAAAUCGCUCCAACUUAUCAACAUCAAAUAAGCAGUGGAACGGAUGGCGAUGGUUCAGUUGUGUCACAUUCAUCACAUGGUUAUUAUGAAUCAACAGAAAAGAAUGUUUUCAGAGAAGACUUAAAGACACGAUGGUUCUUAUGUGGAUCGUCAUCGACCAAACUUGCUGAAAACAUUAUUUGUUUAAUCAAAGACAUGAUGAAUGGAAAGUUAUCAGAUAAAUGGACGAAUGUAACAAAAACAGCUGUAGCUGAAUGUAUUGUGAAUCUAACACAUCUUGAUGACGCUCACAGACAACCCGAAGCGUGUUUAAAGACACCAACCAUGUGGCUCGCACUUGCCAGUUUAUGUGUUUUAGACGAGGAACAUGUGAUGAAACUUUCAUCGAGUCAAUGGAGUAAAAGUGGAAUUAAUAAACGUCCACUAUGCAUCAAUCAUGAUGAUAGCAUCACAACAGCUGUCAUUGAAUGUGUUGAAUGUGGAACUUUGUGUUUUGAUUGUGAUCGCUUCUUACAUUUGAAUCGAAAAACUUGGAAUCAUAAUCGAACAGUGUGUAAGGAAGAAGAAGAGUCGAUAAAAGUUGAACUUCACGAAAGUUGCGGAAGAAUUAAAUUGUUUUGGUUGCUUGGACUUGCUGACAGUAGAACGUUGAAAGGAAUCAUCGAGUUUCGUGAUGGACAUAAUAUCAUAGUUUGUGAUCCACAAAAUGCAACUGGUCGAUGUCGUUUCUGUGGAAUUUAUGGCAAUGCUGGUCUUCUGUCAGUUGGAAAUGUUUGUGUCGAACAACAAUGUCAAGAACAUUCGGCAAAUGCUUGUUCGAAAAUUCUUCAAUGUGGCCAUUUCUGUGGUGGCAUUCGAAAUGAAGCAAAUUGUUUGCCGUGUCUUCAUCAGAAAUGUCAAUCAACAUCAAAUUUCAUCUCUAAAAAUCCCAAACUUACACAGGAUGGUGACGAUAUGUGCAUGAUUUGCUUCACCGAAGCUCUUUCAUGUGCCCCAUCGAUUCAAAUGAUUUGUGGACAUGUUUUUCAUUAUCAUUGCUCGAAAUUAAUUCUUCAAAAGCGUUGGCAUGGAGCGAAAAUCAGUUUUGCUUUCUCGCAAUGUCCGAUUUGUAAAAAUGACAUUUAUCACGAAUCAUUGACAGAUUUAUUGCAACCAAUUAAUGCUUUGAAAGAUGAUGUAAGACGAAAAGCUGUCAUGCGACUUAAAUUCGAAGGAAUUGAAAAAGAAACGAUGGCAGAUCAAAAAGAUUUAUCGACAUAUGCAAUGGAACGUUACGCUUAUUACGUUUGUUGCAAAUGUCAAAAGGCAUAUUACGGCGGUGAAGCUCGUUGUGAUGUUGAAAUGGCUGAGAACUUUAAUCCCGAAGAGCUUGUAUGUGGUGGUUGCAGUGACAUUGCGAAAGCUCAGAUGUGCCCUAAGCACGGAAUGGAUUUUCUUGAAUACAAAUGUCGCUACUGCUGUUCAGUCGCAGUGUUCUUCUGCUUUGGAACAACACAUUUUUGUGACACUUGUCAUGAUGAUUUUCAACGCUUAACAAAUAUUCCGAAAAUUAAACUCCCUAAAUGUCCCGCUGGACCUAAAGCUAUGCAACUCAUGACUGAUGAAUGUCCACUUCAUAUCGUUCAUCCACCAACUGGCGAGGAGUUUGCAUUAGGUUGUGGAAUAUGCAGAAAUUUCCACACAUUUUAAGAAUCAGACUUAUAAAUUUAAUAUUUAAAUUGUUAAAGUUUUAUAAUUUAUUUUUGUUUUCAAUUGUGGAUGUUCAAUCCUCAUUUUAUGUCGUAAUAUUUUGAAAUAUUUGUAGCUCAAUUUAGUUUUUAUGUUAUGUAUCUAGUCGUUGAAGCAUUCUGCCUUCUAAAAUCAACAAACAUCUAAGUCAUG